CCGGUACCGACGUGUGACCCCGAGCUGCUCCUCUUCUCCCUCUAGCCCCAGCCUCCAGCGCAGCAUGCUGCGGGCCGCAGCCCUGCUUGGGCCCCGUCUGGGCCGCCGCCUUCUGUCCUCAGUCGCCGUGCCCGUCCCCAACGAGCAUCCAGAGGUUUUCUACAACAAGAUUUUCAUAGACAAUGAAUGGCAUGAUGCUGUCAGCAAGAAGACUUUUGCCACCAUCAACCCAUCUACCGGAGAGGAGAUCUGCCAAGUGGCUGAGGGGGACAAGGCAGAUGUGGACAAGGCGGUAAAGGCCGCCAAAAAUGCAUUCCAACUGGGCUCCCCAUGGAGGAAGAUGGAUGCAUCCUACAGAGGAGUGCUGCUGAACCGGUUGGCAGACCUGAUUGAGAGAGACCGAGCUUACCUGGCCACGCUGGAGACCUUGGACAAUGGCAAACCCUACGUCAUCUCCUACCUAGUGGAUUUGGACAUGGUUCUCAAGUGCCUUCGGUAUUACGCGGGCUGGGCUGACAAGUACCAUGGGAAGACCAUUCCCAUUGAUGGAGAUUUUUUCAGCUAUACACGCCAUGAGCCUAUUGGAGUUUGUGCCCAGAUCAUUCCAUGGAACUUCCCGCUACUGAUGCAAGCCUGGAAGCUGGGACCAGCCUUGGCUACAGGAAAUGUGGUCGUGAUGAAGGUGGCCGAGCAGACUCCCUUGACCGCCCUCUAUGUGGCCAACCUGAUCAAGGAGGCUGGCUUCCCUCCUGGAGUGGUCAACAUCAUCCCUGGGUUUGGCCCCACAGCUGGCGCUGCCCUUGCUUCCCACAUGGAAGUGGACAAGGUGGCAUUCACUGGCUCCACUGAGGUCGGGAACCUCAUCCAGGUAGCAGCAGGGAACAGCAACCUGAAGAGAGUGACGCUGGAACUGGGCGGCAAGAGCCCCAACAUCAUCAUGUCGGACGCCGACAUGGACUGGGCUGUGGAGCAGGCCCACUUUGCUCUGUUCUUCAACCAGGGCCAGUGCUGCUGUGCUGGCUCCAGGACCUUUGUGCAGGAGGACAUCUACUCCGAGUUUGUGGAGAGGAGUGUGGCCCGGGCCAAGGCUCGGGUGGUGGGGAACCCCUUUGACAGCCGGACUGAGCAGGGGCCUCAGGUAGAUGAAAAACAAUUUAAGAAGAUUCUGGGCUACAUCAAUUCGGGGAAAGAGGAAGGAGCCAAGCUGCUGUGUGGAGGCGGGCCUGCCGCUGAACGGGGCUUCUUUGUCCAGCCCACCGUCUUUGGGGAUGUAAAGGAUAACAUGAUCAUCGCCUCAGAAGAGAUUUUUGGGCCUGUGAUGCAGAUAAUGAAGUUCAAGACCAUUGAAGAGGUGGUGGGGAGGGCCAAUAAUUCAAAGUAUGGGCUGGCCGCAGCAGUCUUCACAAAGGACCUGGACAAGGCCAACUAUCUCUCCCAGGCACUGCAGGCUGGCACAGUGUGGAUAAAUUGUUAUGAUGUCUUUGGGGCACAGUCCCCAUUUGGAGGUUACAAGAUGUCUGGGAAUGGGCGAGAGCUUGGCGAGUAUGGUCUACAAGCAUAUACAGAAGUGAAAACUGUCACUGUCAAAAUUCCUCAGAAGAAUUCGUAAAGAAGAAAAUGGGACUUCCCCAGCCAUUCCUAUAAUUGAAGUUUUAAUUAGAUUGGAAUUAGAACCCAGGACCAAGAAGAAGCCCACUUAUUCAUCACUAUCUCUCUAAAGAAAUAAUCAAAAAAGUUUGUGGAAUAAUACGGUUCUAUAGUAAGGGGGAGAUCCUUUUAUUUUUUAACCGUAACAAUAUUGUAAGCUCUGGGUGAGUUUUUUAUACCUGAAACAUUUCAAUAUAUUGGUUAAGAUUCUUGUCAACAA